CAUAAGGCCGCCGCUGAGAUGACAGUGCGCAAAAGAUGGGGCUUCUUCUGUUUAACAACGCUCCUACUUGCACCAUCUCCACUCAAUUUUUUCCAACAAAAUCCACUCAUGUUACCGCCAAUUCUUUCCCUUCCUUUUCUCACUUUCACGUUAGCUUCCCUUCAUCAGGGCAAAAAGUAGGUUUGAGAAGAAGGGCCAGAGUCCGUACUUAUGGGAUCAAGUGUUCGGCAAAAGUAGAUUAUGUAAAAGUUUUGGUUUUCACCCAGGGUUCUGCAGUUGUGAAUGAAAAAAGCGUUUCAGUCAUUCUUUUAGCUGGAGGCAAAGGCAAAAGAAUGGGUGCAAGCAUGCCAAAGCAGUACCUACCACUUUUAGGACAACCAAUUGCUUUGUAUAGUUUAUAUACUUUCUCACGAAUGAUUGAAGUGAAAGAAAUUGUUGUGGUCUGUGAUCCAUCGUACAAGGACAUCUUCGAAGAAGCCAAAGACAAAAUUAAUGUAGACCUUAAGUUCACGCUCCCUGGGAAGGAGAGACAGGAUUCUGUUUACAGUGGGCUUCAGGCAGUUGAUUUGAACUCUGAGCUUGUUUGCAUUCAUGAUUCUGCAAGACCCUUGGUGAGAUCUGGAGAUGUAGAAAAGGUUCUUAAAGAUGGUUGGCUGAUUGGAGCAGCAGUACUUGGGGUUCCUGUCAAAGCCACAAUUAAAGAGGCAAAUAGUGAUUCUUAUGUAGUGAAAACACUCGACAGAAAAACACUAUGGGAAAUGCAGACUCCACAGGUUAUUAAGCCAGAGUUGCUGAGAAAAGGUUUCGAGCUUGUGCAUAGAGGUGGUCUUGAAGUGACGGAUGAUGUGUCAAUUGUGGAGCACCUUAAGCAUCCUGUAUAUGUAACUGAAGGAUGUUAUACCAACAUCAAGGUCACGACACCUGAUGACUUGUUACUUGCGGAGAGAAUUCUGAAUAUGAGCUCUGCCGAGCCUCCUAAAUAACACCUUUGAACAUUUUCUUAGGUCUCAAUUGCUCUGCUACAACCGAAUUUGGGUGCAUGUCAACAUUGGUUGCUAUAAAUAAGAAGAUAAUAUUUUAUGUGGCGAGGAUAAAACUGUAUGUUAUACUGAGGCCUAGGAUAUUGAGCUGUAGAUGAAGUCAUACCAUAAUUUCUUUGGCUACAAUGUUUCUUGUCUCUUGUAAUCUACAUUUUAAGUCAUGUAUUUUUGCAUAUCAACUUUCAGUGGUAAGUUGUAAACUUUAAUAAUAUCAAGUUAUGUACUGAAUUUUUAUUUUUAA